CCCGCAAGAUGAGUAUCGAGCCGCGCGAAGUAUUCACGCGCUCGGUACAAAUGGCUGCCCCGCCGCGGACGGCUCAAGGCCAGAGGUCGGACGACCGCACGCCCAUCCUCCGCGCGACGGCAAGACCGACGCGCCAAUACUUACGCCAAGGCCCAGGCAAGAGGCCCCAUCCUCGGCGCGGACGACCGACGAGCAGCUCACCUGCAAGCCCUACGACCAGGUCGUCCCAACGCGAGCAAGGCCGAGCGCACACGAAGCCCACGGCCCGCGGUCAACCGACGCGUCGCUCGCCCGGAGAAUCGACUCGCAAGACGCGUCGAUCCGCGCGUUAGGAUGCCCGGAGGACGCCCCGGCCCGUUCAAGCACAAGCUACCGCGGAGGGACGAGGUGGGAGGUCGACAGAGAGGCAAGAAGAGUCAAGCCGACUCCUACGAAUAUCGAGCCGAGUGGAACGUCCGCUCGCUCGAUACCAGUGGUCGCCCAGCCAUCGUCAGCUCAAGGCCCGAGGUCGUGCAACCACACGCCCGACCUCUGCGCGAUAGCGAGUCCCACGCGCCAAGGUCCCGACAGGAGGUUCCGCCCUCGGCACGGACGAGCGGAGCGCAGCACGCCUGCAAGCCCGACGGUCAUGCCGUCCCGACGCGCGCGAGAGCAGCCACGCAGGACUUGCAGACGAACGGCGCGUCCCGCGCCUGCAAGACAGCCCCGCUAGACGCGUCGACGUGCCCGACCAGGCACCCAAGGGAUGCACGGACGAUCGCGCGGACGAGUCACCGCGAAGAGACGAGCAGAGAGGUCGAUGGACAGGGAUUAGGAGUCAGGCCGACUCCGGUGAGUACCACCGUCCAUCUACCACCAUCGCCCUCUCCCUCUUCAACGCGCUAUGCGCCCUCUACUUCGCCCUCUCCGCGUCCACCUUCCGCCCGCACGCCCUCAUUCGACGCACCUGCCUCCUCGCUCCACCCUCGUCCAUCCGCCGCCGCCCUUCCGCUGCUCCCUCCUGCAUUCGCCGCCCAUCCGUCACCGCCUUCCAUCUCCGGCUUUCCGUCGCGCGAGGAAAGUGCGGCUCUCGUCCGUGCGCAUCACGCCAGGGAGACGGCUGCGGCUGAACGGGCGGCGUUCGCACAAAGGUAUGGGAAGGACACCCCGUCCAUCCCUCUCCUCGGCAACCCAUCCUUCGACCUGGUGCCCUCACACUCGCUCUACGCGCCUGCGCCCUCCCGGCUCGACCUCUCGACCUCUAUCCAUACGCCUCCCGCGGGCAACCUGCAACAUGAGUACCGAGCCGUGCGAACUCUUCGCUCGCUCGGUACAAGUGGCUGUCCCGCCGUCGACGGCCCAAGGCCAGAGGUCGAGCAACGACCCGUCCAAUCUCUGCACAACGGCAAGCUCAACGCGUCUACGCCUACGCCACGGCUUCGACAGGAAGCCCCGCCCACUGCGCGGACGAUCGACGUGCGACGCGUCUGCAAGUCCUAUGAACAGGCCGCCCCUACGCGCGCGAGGGCGAGCACAGACAAGGCCCCGCAAGACUCGCAGACUAACGCCCGCGCGCCGUCCGCCCGCAAGUCCGCCGAGCUGACUUUGCUAGAGUUGUUCGAGAUGGGCAUAGAGGCUGCGCGCCGAUCACUCGCGAGGACGAGCAGCCGCGAAGGACCAUCCAAGAGUCCACGCGGUACGACUCGGACGGAGAUUGAGCGAGGCAGAGGGGAUAGUCGAGUCGCGGAGACUCUGGUAAGCCGGUCUAUCCCUCUACCUUCUCCCUCUGCUCCUCUACACACGCGUUACGCGCCCCCGUCCUCGUCCAACGCAUCCACGGCCUCUCAGACUCGCGCCUACUCGCUCGCACGUCCGCCAGCACCCUUCACGCGCGGUGGCCUCGCCUCGCCGAUCACUCCAAGCCCGGCUACGCCUACUGGCCAUGUCCCCUCAUCCGCGUCUACGCUCUCACAGCACGCUCUCUCGACCUCUAGCAGUACCGCUCACACGGACGGUCGGCAAGACAAGUACCAAGCCGUGUGGAACGUCCGCGCGCUUGGUACCCACCCUGCCGUCUCCGUCCCGUCACUCGAGGUCGAGCCAUUCCGUGAUGGCGAAGCUGUCCCGCCCACGCGUGCAUCAAAGUCCCGCAAGGAAGUGCCCUCAGCAGCGCGGACGGACGACUUACGACCCACUGGCUCGUCUGCCGGGCUAAUCCAGCGCGCACGCGCCGAGCUUUACGGAGUACACGCUCCUCGCAUCCCUACUGCGAUCAGCUACGAACUAAAGAGUGGGGGGCCGCUGAGCCGGAGCAGGGAAGUCGAGGGACGAGUCGGAUGGACUACAAUCAACGAGCCCGCGCCUUCGCGUUGCGCUCGUCCGGUCCCUUCCGUCAUUCCGCCGUUGUUUGACGCGCUCCCGUCGUCCUCUCCGCAUCCGAGCACUGCAUGCUCAGGCUCACCCUCGCCCGUGUCAUCUGCCGGUACCCCGCCGUCUCUCUCGCGACUCGACCACUCUGCGACCUCCAAGGUCCUGCCCGUGGACGACCUACUGGACAAGUACCAGGCCGUGUGGAACGUCCGCGCGCCUGGUACAGCAGCCAGUUCCACAAGCGAAAACGAGCAAGCCACUCCGACGCAUACGCUAAGACUCGAGAAAGCCUCGCCGGACGCAACGACUGAGUCGACUCUGGCAAGUGCCUCCGUCCCUCCGCUCUCUCCGUCCAUCCCUCUACGCUCGCAUUCCGCGCUCCCAUCUGUACUCGACGCACCCCUUUCUCACUCGCCCGCUUCCAUCCAUCCGCCGUCACUCUACUUGCUCGCGCUUUCGGACCAACCACAUUCACCCACUUCCGUCUGUCCGCCGCCAUCCGACACGCUCUCGCGCUCUGGUCACCCGACCUCAUCCAGUAUCGCCCUCGCCGGCCGCUCGCAGGAUGAUCCUUGGACCGUGUGGAACGUCCGCUCGUCCAAAGGCAUCAUCACUGCUUCGAGCCCCGCGGUGAACAUAGCUGCAAGCCCGGCACUCGAAGGGAAACGAACCGAAUCGCCUCUCGAUUUGUGUUCGACUCCCUGCAGCAACUCUCGCGCCGCGUCUUCCCGCUCGCUCGACACGCCUACGCUCUCGACGCGCACUCCACACCCGGACUCCGUCGAUACCACUCUCAAGGGCAACCUGCAAGACGAGUAUCGGACCACGCGGAACUGCCGCGCGUCCGGUGGCUCCUCUGCAGCCUCAAACCCUUCCGUCAGCACGGUCGCGAGUUCGACGCUCAACGAAGCCGAACUAACCUCGCUAGUGCGCCUCAGUACUCACGCGGAGGCCGUCCAUCCAGGCGCCAAGACGAGUAGCGAUGAGCCAGGGAGUGGGGGGCAGACGAGCUCGAGCUCGCCGGGUAGACAGGACAGCCGACGGGAGGGGCGAGUCAGAGCGACUCAGGUGAGUACCUCCGGCGGUCAGCACCCACCUUCCGUCCCUCCUCGUCCUCGUCCACGCGCCAUGUCCCUGCCCUCGCUCGACACGCCCACGGUCUCGCCACCACCAUCCUCCUCCUCUCAUCAUCUGCGUUCUACGCUCCCCGCCUCGCUCGCGCCUCCGUCCUCCGCCUCGAGCUACACACUCUCGUCCGCGCCAUCCUCCGGGACCCCGUCGUCUCCCCCGCGCCUCCGCCACUCGACGACCUCCGAGACCUUCGGCACGGACGACUUGCUGAGCAAGUACCAGACCGUGUGGACUCUCCGCGCGCCUGGCGCAGCAGCCAGCUCGACGUACGAAGAGGAGCGAGUCAAGCCCACGCGCGUAUCAGAGCCCCGCAAGGAAGUCCCGACAGUGGCGCGGACGGACGGCUCGCCACCCACCUGCACGCCUGUUGGGCAAGCCAAGCACACUCGCGCCGAGCCAUACGGGGGAAACACUCAGCGCAGCCCUACAGCGGACAGGAAGACAAACGAAGGGAGGAACGAGUCGAGUCGACUCCGCUCCCGUGCCACGUUCCCCGACUCGCUCGAUGCGUCCAAGGCCUCGUUACGCCCUCUCCCACUCGCGCCCGUGUGCCAGACCGGUGGGUCUGCACGUCGGUCCGACACAACUACGACCUCGCCUCGACCUCGCCUCGACUCACCCGUCUCGAGCUCAGACUACUCGGCGCCCACCUCGACCAUCGACCGUUCAACCAUCCACGAGACGCCUCACCCGGACGACCUCCUGAAGGAGUACUGGGCCGUGUGGAAAGUCCGCGCGCCCAGUAACGACCCUUCAGCCUCGGACACCGCCGUCAAGACAACAGCGAGCAUCGAAGACCACAGCACCUCGACUUCCCUCGUAUCCUCUCGCAAGGACGACCUACUGGACAAACGAAGGGAAGGACGAGCUGGAUCGAUUCCGGCAAGUACCCCCGUCGACCAGCACCCGCCUUCGAGCCGCACGCCCUCGUUCAACGAGUCUGCAAUCGUGCACCUCACUCGUGAACCCCCGUCCGUUCGUCUGUCACCGCUCGACGAGCCUGCGUCUCCGCGCUGCGCUCGCCCGGCCCUUUCCGCUCUUCCACCGUCACUUGACGCACACACGCCUCCCUCGCCAUCCUCACUCGACGAACCUGCGUUCUCGCGCAAUGUGCGUUCACAUGCGCCCGACUCGAUUCCGCGCCUCUCGCCCUCUCCUGGUGCCUCACCGCCACACUCGCUUCCCGGACGCUCGACAGUCGCCAAGACCGAUUGCGCCGAUGACCUGCAAGGGGAAUACCGGGCCGUGUGGAACGUCCGCGCGCCCGGUAACCUCCCCACCCUCGUCGCCGCCACACGCGAAGUCGAUCAACAGCCCGCCCGCCCACCGCGCGACGACGAGUCCAGCGAGUCGGCGCACUUGCUCAAGCGGGCCGGAGAAGCCCCAGCUAGCGCAAAAGCGAGCCAGCACGGACUCGCAAGUGGGGGGCCACCAAGCAAAACAACACCACCUACGCACUCAGGUCACCCAUUCGCCCUCGGAGCCUAUCACACGGAAAGUCCGCGAGACGAGCACGAGGCUGUGCGGAACCACCGCGCACCUGGUAGCGACUCCACUGUCGCUGAACCAUCGCCCGCUCCUGAUACGUCCGCGUCCCCGCUGAGCGAAUACUGGGCCGCGUGGAUCCGCCGCGUGCCUAGUACGACAACCAGCCCAACCUGGGAAGCUGAGCACCCCAGGAGCAAAGUCGAGGCUACGUCAGCCACGCAAACGGACAGCGCGUUGCACGCUAACGAGACCGUCUCACAAGUCACGCCGAGGCGCGCAGAAGCGCGCGAAGACGAACCUGAGCUACCUAAAGAGAGCCUACAGGGCGAGUACAGGGCCGCGUGGAACGUCCGCGCGCCCGGUAGCGACCCCGCCGCCGGCCCAGGUGAGCAAGCUCGAGCCUGCAGGUUGCAAGAUUCCGACGCAUGGACGCCGACGCGUGCACUGAAGCUUGAGGAAGAAACCUCAAACCAUACCGACACGAGCAGGCAUGAACUAGUGUGUGGGGGGCAGUCAGGCAAGAAAGAGACAGGGGAGAGGGAUCGAAACGAGGAGCGAACAGACACCACCUCAGUGAGUACUCUAACUCACCACGCCCCUUCGACCCCUCCUCCGCCAUCGGUUCGCAAAGCCAGAUCGCCGCCCAUCUCCCCGCAUCCGCGUCCGGCGCGUUCGCCUUCGCUCGACACGCCUGCGUCGACACAUGCAGGCGGCGAGACCCUUCGCACGGGCGACGCGUGGGACAAAGACGGAGCGGCUCAAACGAGCCAUGCACUGCACGCCCACAAGGCCACUUCGACGGUCGAUCCGACGCACUCGAAGGCAAACAAGGACGUCGCGCCGAGCGAGUACGGGACAGUGCGGAACGUCCGCGCGCCUGGUACAGCAGCUAGCCCGACAAGUGAAGCCGAACGACCAUACUUGCAGGAAGGGCGUGAUACCGAGAUUGCGCCGGCCGUGUUGACUAGCAGUGCCUUGCACACUCGCAGGGCUUACGACCAGGCCGCUCCGCCGCGUACAGGAGUGCUAGGCUGGGAGGUUGACGGACAGCAAGGACGAGCCGAGAUGACUCUCCAUGUGUCCUCGCCCGCGCCUCCGCUGCCUCCCUGCACUCCGUCCACGUUCCCACUGUGCGAUGUUCCGCUCGCGUCACAGCCCUCGCGCCGCGCGCCCUCGUCCGUCACGCCUCCGCCAUCCUCCUCGCGAUCCGGUCACUCGGCGACCCCGAAAGACCCGUGCUUGGACGUCUCGCUGAGCGAGUACUGGGCCGCGUGGACUCUCCGCGCGCCCGGUACAAUAGCCAGCCCAACGAGCAAGGUCGGACGACCCCAGGGGCACGUAGGACGUGAUACUGAGGUCACGCCGGCAGUUCAGACAAGUGUCUCGACCGACACACCAACUUCUCCGCCCGGUGCCCAUCCACUCGUGUCGCAACUCUUGCGUUCCACGCGCUCGUCUUCGUCCAGCACACAAGCAUCCUCGCCUGUGUCCCCGUUGCCGCCUUCACGCCUGAGCAUUUCCAAGGCUCGCAAAACUAAUCUGGCGGACGACCCAUCUGAUGACUCGGAGAGUUGGACCGUGCGGAGUGACGUCCGCACGUCCAGUAUCUACUGCCCAUCAGUGUCCGAUCCGGCUCCACCUCCGCCCCAGGUUUUCGAGUGCAGCGGUCGACUUCUUCGACCCUGCUCUCCGAGUACACUCCCACGUCCCGUGCACGAGCCUGCUCUCGGCGUCGACUCGGCGUUCCUCAAUCACGACUGUGGUGUCCCAUCGAGCUCAAUCACAAGCACGAACACUUCCUCCUGCCUUGCUCCCACUCCCGUGCUCGACUUGUCUGCGCGCCUGCCUUCGUCCGGCACGUUUGCGCCUUCUCGUCCCAGGCACUCGCCUUUAUCCAGCACGUCUGCGUCUUCGCCCACGUCGCAACCCUCACACUAUGCAUCAUUGCCUUCGCGCGGCGCCUCCUCUUCCGACACACCCAUGCACCCGCCUUCGUUCGGUGUACAUACAUCCUCACUCGACUCGUCCGCGUCGACGCAUGAUCGCUGCGAGGAUUCCAACUCGUCGGUGCGAGCCGCGCUGACUACUUCCGGCACGUUGUGUGUUGACACCUCACUAUCGUCCAUUUCACCCUUCUCGAACUCAUCCACUCCUGAAGGCAGCGGUCGAACCAUUCGACCCUGCUCUCCACUCGCACGUUCUGUGCAUGCGGCUGCUCUUGAUGAAGACUCGGUGCCCCUUGAUCUCGACCGUCAUGUCCCACCAAACUCGGCACCAUCUCCCUCGGCUUUCGACAAUGAGGACGUGUGGAACGUCCGCACUCCUCGUAGUCUGCCCUCAUUGAGUUCUGCCCCUGCACGCUACGAGCCAAUCAGCUUCAGCCCACUCUAUCGUGCGCAUAGGGAAGCCCAGGAACGUGUUGUCUACGACAAGUCACCAGCUGCACUAGCUGCACUUGUGCAUGCACGGUGGCAAAUAGAGGAGGCAAUACGAGUGUCAGACGCCUACGACGAGGAAUGCCUACACAAUAGAGGCAGAUAA